UUGUAUCACUGUCUCACCAUGUCUCAUCCCUUCAUUCCAGUUGGCAAGACGCCCGGCCAACCCCGGCCCGGCCAAGCCUCGUGGCCUCACGGCGAGUCGGACCGACGCCAUGUCCACGGAUCGUCUCGUGGAGCUUUUCCUGCAGUCCGCCGGGGUGGAAGAUGCAACCAAAGAGCUGGACGAGGAAAGUGUGGCGCGGGGCAUCGCACAGAUGGAGAUGCUUAUGACGAGUGAGGAGGCCGCGCAGGUUGUGGCGCCGGCCUCCACCUUUGUGCUGCUGGGCAUGGCCCUAGAGGAGAAACCCAAACUGGGCCUUGGGGCAUUGGCGAGCUACAAGAAGUCCUUGGAGCUGCUGAAGAACAACAACGAAUGGGAACGCUGUGUGCUGUUGCAGCAGCUGGGUGCCAUGAGCUUCAGGUUGGGUCGCAUGUCGGAGGCCAAAAAUUGGUUUCAGGACUGUAGCCAGGCGAUGCGCGCCGCGCCGGGGCACCCCCGAGAUGCGCGGCUCUUCCAGAACUCCUUCUCCACCUCUCAGACGCGGCUCGAGUUCGCUGCGAAGGUGGAGAAGUUCAUGGCACAGAUCUGUCGCCACUUGGGUGACAACACAGGCGCUCAUGCCCAUGCUCUAGAGGCCCAGCUGCUCUUAAGCCAGGGUGCCGGAAGCGAUGCGGUGCAACGCGUGGAAGCGGGCAAAGCUCCUGCGACUCAGGGACCCGAUGCUUUGAAGCAACUUUGGGAAGAAGAGGCUGAAGAGAUCCGGUUGAAACAAUACAGUUUCUUGGAUGAGGGCCCCACUGUGCUGGUCAUGCUCGAUCUCAAUGAGCACCUUCCGAUGGAAAACGCUUCGACCGCUGUGACGUCCCUGCGGCAGUUCCGGGUGACGUGUCAGGAGAAGUCCGUGGAGAUCCAGUUGCGCUUAAGAGCGCCAGCGAGUGGCGGCAAAGUGAAGCACUUUCUGCUGAUGCUGGAUCCCUUGAGCCAUGAGAUUAUUCCAGAGGACACGGUCCCGAGACUACGAGGAAAAGAGUCCAAACGUCGACUGGAGGUGAAGCUCUUUAAGCGAAACAAGGAGCAGAAGUGGUUUGGAGAUUUGGUGGCUGAUGCCCCAGCACCAAAGGAACGGGCCAAGAAGGUUGCGGCCAAAGGAAGCCUGCUGAACCCCUUGACGCCUGAAGAGAUCGCUCGACUACCUAAACCGGGCACGACUUGCAGUGACAACCGCCCCAGCCAGUUCCAGCCGAAGAUGGAGGAGCAAUCAGCCUCAGUCGUGUGGAUCGAAGAAGUGCUCCAAGAACGUCUGGAGGGAGAGCUUCUCAUCAGCGUGAGGUUGAAAGAAUCGCUCUCCGAUGUGACUAUGCAGGAUUUAGAGCUGGCGAUGGACACACAUCGUUUGACCUUGACCUGCGCCCGGUGUCCAGGUGAAAUUUUCACCAUGACCUUGCCGGAGGAGAGCUUUGGAGAUGCGGCGGCACGCUGGCGGAAGAAAGUGAAAACGCUUGAGCUUCGUUUUCCAGCAAAAGCAGGUCCGAAGAAAGAGGCCUAAGCCCCAAAUUGGAGUCUAAAC